GGCAUCGUUCAGAUUGACGGGAGAGAGUCCAUCCAGUUUCCUUUGAGAGGAACCCUCUGUACAGUCAGUGCGCAGGCGCGGUAUGACGGCCUCGGGGUCACGUGUCCCAUGAUCGCCCUGCUGUUUUGUUCGGCAGCCCCAGGCGCUGGACGGACUCAGCUGGCAGGAGGGACGCGGUGUUCGGUGCUGUGCUUCGUCCAGUUGGGCUUAACGGCUAAGCUCGGUAAAUCCUUCAGGAAGCAAAGAUAUGUGAAAUAAGGGGAAUAAAAGCAAACUAGCAGUCAUUGUUAACAAACAGAAGACAGCAGGUGACAGAUUGGCUUACCCCCUCUGUCCCCCUGAGCGUCACCGCACGGUCAGUCCGUUAUCCUGAUCAGCAGUCCUUAUAAAUGGGAAUUUAAAUGCCGUGUUGGUGUCUCUGAGUCUCCGGUGUUUAAAAAUGGGCUCGAUACUCAGCCGCAGAAUCGCUGGGGUGGAAGAUGUAGAUAUCCAGGCUAAUUCAGCCUACAGAUACCCGCCUAAGUCUGGAAACUAUUUUGCCAGUCACUUCUUUAUGGGGGGCGAGAAGUUUGACACGCCCCACCCAGAAGGAUAUCUCUUCGGGGAGAACAUGGACCUUAACUUCCUGGGAAACAGGCCAGUGCAGUUUCCAUACGUGACCCCUGCCCCCCACGAACCUGUGAAGACCCUGAGGAGUCUGGUGAACAUCCGGAAGGACUCCCUGCGCCUGGUCAGGUACAAAGAGGAUGCAGAGGGCCCCACUGAGGACGGCGCUCAGCCCCGGGUGCAGUACUGCGUGGAGUUCACCUUCGACGCUGAUGCCCGUGUGGCCAUCACCAUUUACUGCCAGGCGCACGAGGAGUUCUCCAACGGCACGGCCAUUUACACCCCGAGGUGUCCCACCAUGCUCUCGGAGACGGUUCACUACAAGCGGGGCGUCAGCCAGCAGUUCUCCCUGCCGUCCUUCAAGAUCGACUUCUCGGAGUGGAGCGAAGAUGAGCUGAACUUCGACCUUGACAGGGGUGUCUUUCCCAUGGUGAUCCACGCCGUCGUGGACGAAGGAGACGAUGGCCUGGGGCAUUCGCAUGUUCUGCUGGCAGCUUUCGAGAGACAUGUCGACGGAAGUUUCUCAGUGAAGCCUUUGAAGCAGAAGCAAAUUGUGGACCGGGUCAGCUACCUGCUACAGGAGAUCUACGGGAUUGAGAACAAGAACAACCAGGAAACGAAGCCAUCGGACGACGAGAACAGUGACAACAGUAACGAGUGUGUGGUGUGCCUGUCGGACCUGCGCGACACCCUCAUCCUGCCCUGCAGACACCUCUGCCUCUGCAACUCCUGCGCAGACACGCUGCGUUACCAGGCCAACAACUGCCCCAUCUGCCGGCUGCCAUUCCGGGCCCUGCUGCAGAUCCGCGCCGUGAAGAAGAAGCCGGGGAGCCUCUCGCCCGUGUCCUUCAGCCCCGUGCUGGCGCAGUCCAUGGAGCAUGACGACCACUCGGUGGGCGCUGCGGGAGGGAGGCUGCCGCCGUCACGUGACCGGGGAGAGCCCUGUGAGAUCUCCUCUCCAUCUCUCCCACAGAGCGCGGAGAGCGUGCCCCCGGGCUUUGAACCCAUCUCCCUACUGGAGGCGCUCAAUGGGCUGCGAGCCGUGUCCCCCGCCGUGCCGUCGGCCCCCCUGUAUGAUGAGUUGGGCUUCUCUGGCGGGCUGGGGGUGGAGCGCUCGCUUAGCUCCCCGGAGCACAUCGGCGACAGUGGCGGCCAGCCCAAGAACAAGGCCAGCAAGUCUCCCGACAGUGGCACGCUGAGGUCACCAUCAUCCCCGAUCUGCGAGGAGGAUGAGGAGAAGCUGGCAGAGCAGGUGGAAGGCCAGCCUGACACAGUGCGCCCUGGCAGCCCGGCCCCCCCGGAGGUGGCAGCGGCUGAGGAGCCCGUGGAUCCUGUCACCCUGGAUGAAGACGAAUGCCCCCGCUCUGCGGGUGAGAUCUUCCAGGACUGCGUCAGCGAGCGCAGUAGCCUGACUAAGCCCGAAAGCGCCCCACAGGGGGAGCCGUCCCCCCCAGGGUCAUCAGAGUCCAUGGACAGUCUGAAGAGCCACAGCACCAGCAGCUCCAGCCAGCCCCUCCUCUGCCCCCCCGGCAGCCUGCGUGUGGAGGACGAGCACCUGGGCCCUUAGUGUGUCCAUGCGCACGCACACGCGCUCACACGCAGACUGCCGCCCCCCCCCUGCUGCUUGGCCUUCAAUUACAGUGAGAUGUGGCGUCCCUGACAGCCCCGCACACUGCUGUGGUGUUAAAGGGCCUGCCCCCCCACCCACACCCCAAGCCCCACACUAUGGUACGGAAAGGCCCUCUGGCCCAGUGUUCCCAGUUUGGCUUGAAUGGUGACCUGUAGCUCAGUGUGUCAGCACAAGAAACCACGGGUCUGCACCCUGAAAGCACUGGCCUCUUUAACAUUGUUCCUACUACUACCGCUACUACAACUAUUAUUAUUAUUAUUAUUAUUAUUAUUAUUAUUAUUAUUAUUAUUAUUGUUGUUGUUGUUGUUGUUGUUGUCGUCAUUGUUAGUGUCAUUAUGCCACCCUAUUUUCUCCCAGUAAGGGUCACACUCAUUAAUUAUAAAUGUAUUGAAAUUAACUGGAAUAGGAACUAAUGAACUCCCGAUGUUAUAGUCUUGCCAGUUAUCUGUGUUUGACACUAAACACAUUUCUAAUUUUAUUUAGUUGCAACAUUUCUAACUCGUUCUAGGAGCAUAUAUGGCUUGAAGGAAUCAACGUUAAUAUUGCCUGAGAAAUGAGCCACAGCCACUUUUCGCUGUUUCUUGAGGCUGAAGGUGGAUAUUUUUUGUAAAGUUUCCUUUAAGGAGACGGCGCUGGCGGAGCGCAGUGAUUGAGGACGCUCUCUGUGGCCUUAAUGUCAUGUAAUAGGUGUCAGAGGCGAAAUGUGCGAACGCUACGGACCUCAUGCAUGAACGUCUGAUCUCACACUUACCCGUUAGAUUCCAGAUUUCUGUGUCGGGAGGCUGUUCUGCUUGUUAAUAUGGCACAGAUUUAGUGGCGUUUCUUUGUAAUCGUGUUCGGAGCAGAGCCGCGUUAACGCGAUGCAGUCGGUUCUCCUUAGAGAAGCCCGGAUCCAAAGAGCGCAGCUGGGCUCUGCUUGUUUCGGGGACCUUUGUGCUGCAUGCUCCUGCUCCUCCUUUCACUCCUGUUCCAGGCACCUUUAAGCUAUACGAUCCUGCUCCCCUUUUUUGGUGCUCUCGUUUUUACUGCAAUCGGAGCGCAAUUCACGUAAUUAAAGCGACUGGAGCCCUCUGCCUUUAGAUGUUACGCGUGCGUCAUUGUAUAACGCCAGAAAUACAGUAUCUAGUUCAGGUGUUUGGAUAAGUGACUUAAAACAUUUCCGUUUAAUGACGCAUUAAUAUUACCUUAUCUAGUUGAGGUAUCUGCUGUUUAAUGCAUUAAAAAUAUGAAGUCUGGGUGCCGCCGCUCCUCCGCAGGUUCGGCGGCGUUUGCCUUUGCUUUAGUCUGGUUAACUCGCUCGUGUCUGCUAUAAGCGACGUGUCGGGAUGCUUUUGGGCAACCUAAGCAGCUGGGUCCCCAGGGGCCUCCACUGUUAAAUUUAAAACCUCCUCUUCCGCUUCUCCAUUGAUCUGUGCCUUGUGUUUCUUCAGCGUUAGUUACUGACCUGGUAUCCAGGAGAGUGCCCUGCUCUUUACUCAUAAUUUCAAUCGCAAAUUAAAAUAUUUAAUUUGCAGCACUACAUAAAUAAUGGAAAACUGGACUGGUGACCAGUAAAUGCUCAUGUCUGUGCCAUCAUUGCUCUGAACACUAAAUACGCACUUUGCUGUUAUAACUUAUGUGCGAUGCAAUGUUUGCAGAAUGUGUAGACUAUAAGGAAACUACGGUCUAGGUCAUUAUGCAGCGUUAGGUGAAAUUUCCGGAGAUUAUUGCAUAAAAUGCCUAAUUUUACUGGAGUACUUGUACAUUCAGUUGUGUAUAUUGUAAAGUAACAAACGCAUCUUCGAGAGUAGUUAAAUGCAAUUGCUGCACAGACUUGUAUAAAGUUUGUCUUGCUGAAUAGGUAGAACUUUGUCUCGUAAUUACAACCGCUCAAAUAACUAACUGAAUUGAUAAUGGUCUAUUAGUUGUAAUAUUUGACACAUGCAGGCGUUUCGUAUAUGAUCAUGGCCACUUCGUUGUGUAAAUGUAAAGAUUACGGUGAAUAUUCCAGUUUUAGACGAUUAACUGUGUUUUUAUUUCGAUAUGACUUUUAAAUCACAUCUUGUUGGUUAUUCGCUUUCAAAGGUAAAAGGCAAUGUCUUUGAAUAUGUUCUUGGUGCGAAUUAGAUGGAAAUAAUCUCUACAUGAAUGAUCCACACUGUAAAAUGUGAAGUCUGCGUAAUGAAAAUGUGCGGAUUCAGUGUCCUGAGCCCUUAAUUUAUCUUGUCCUCGUCCAUUUCCAAACAGGCUAACAAUAAAGGAAUAUACGUAU